GCCUAAAAACCUUGCAUAAAACCCUAACGCCGUCGCCGAACUGCGAGAGAGAGAGAGAGAGAUCAGCUUCCUCUCUCGCGCCUCCUGGCAAUCUCAUUGAUCUAGGGUUUCUUCGCACCUUAUUAGGGGAAAAAUGCGCCCGCCGAGCUCGGGUCGUGGAAGCUUUAGAGGCGGGUUCCGUGGCGGGAGGGGCGGCGGCGGCGACCGCGGUGGCCGGGGCCGUGGUGGUUUUGGUUUCCGAGAUGAAGGACCGCCUUCGGAGGUCGUUGAGGUUUCAUCUUUUCUACAUGCUUGUGAGGGUGAUGCUAUUACUAAACUCACAAAUGAGAAGGUACCUUUCUUCAAUGCCCCUAUAUAUCUUCAAAACAAGACGCAGAUCGGAAAGGUUGAUGAGAUCUUCGGGCCCAUUAACGAGUCGUACUUCUCAAUUAAGAUGAUGGAAGGGAUUAUAGCGACUUCAUAUUCACUCGGAGAAAAGUUUUAUAUUGACCCUGCUAAGUUGUUGCCCCUUUCCCGUUUUCUUUCGCAACCAAAGGGCGCAAAGCCUUCUGGUGGAAGGGGCGGAGGGCGUGGCGGCGGAGGGCGCGGAGGCGGGAGAGGUGGUGGGCGCUUUGGUAGCCGUGGGAGGGGAGGUUUUCGCGGUGGAGGUCGAGGCGGACCUCCGAGAGGUGGCCGUGGCGGCGGUUUUAGAGGCCGGGGAAGAUCGUAGAUCGCAAAACUCAUUCUUGGGGUGUCGAAAAUCUGCCGCAGAUAGACUCAGGAGAUUCCAUUUGUUGUUUAUUAUGUUUGUCUACGUUUUUAGACGAUUUUGAAAAUUUCACCUGAAUUUCUUAAGGCUUUGUAAAACUCUUUUUAUGCAUCCCAAUAUGAAACUUCUGUAUUGUUUUCUUAUGUAGGAGCAAAUCAAACAAGUC